AUGUCGGUUCCUGAAGGACCGGAGAAUAACAAGGGGAAUGUAUACAUGUCAAAGACAAGUCCUCCCAAAGUGCUUGAAGCCUACUCCAAACAAUUUCAUAGGGACUUCAUCACAUUUUUGCACUUACGCUCUAAGGAAAUAAUUCCCGGUGAACAAAUGGUUCUAACUUUUGCGGGCACGAGCCUUCAAGAUCCUACCUACUCACAAUUCGAGAUGGAGGCCCAGACCUACAUCCGACAGUCCUCUGGCCGUUUUGAAAAGGAAGAGAAGGAGCACCCCUGCGAAUGUGGGCUUGUCAAGGAGGCUGACAUUGACUCAUUCAAUAUUCCUUUUUACACACCCUACAGGGAUGAAGUGGAGGCUAUUAUUCAAAAGGAAGGGUCUUUUAAUCUUCAAAGCCUAAAAGUUCUUGAAGAGACUGUAGAGGAUGUCAGAAACCACAAUGAGAACGAGUGUCUGUCUGAUAAACAGAAAAUAAGAGGGACUUUUUCGGCAAAACUUAUAAGUUCUUGGAGACUCUAUAAUUGA